UAUUUUUAGUAUUGUGUUUAUAAUCUUUCUGGAAAGUCUUUUUCGACAUCGUUUAUAAAUUUUGCCGAUACAUUAGCUGCUAUGCUAAUUUUUACUUGUUUUCUUUUGGUACACUAUGUAAUGGGAAGUAAUAAUAAUGAAACAGAACAUAUUGAUGGAGGUGAAAUGAUGAAUCCUAAAGACGGUACCUUCGAAGAAAAUACAAAGAUUUUCGAAAACACAAGGAAAGUAAAUGGAUUUGAAAACCACAUUACAAAUGCAUUACGUUUGACGCCGUUUAAAGUAUUAACUGUAGCAGCCAGUCAUGGAAUUCCUGGUUUAGAUCUGAUGAAAAAAACUCCAUUCAUCCAAAAUGCUAUUUACACAAAAAAUGCGUUUGACACCAUCAUGGACUUGGCCGGCAAAGGAACUGGCAGUUCAAGGUUCCAGAUAUUUGGAAAAAGAUAAAAAUUAAUGAAUAAUAUUAUUCUACGUCUCAUCCUUGUGGUGUAUAUAAUUUAGAAAUUAAUGCUUUGAACACAUUACUAUUGUAAAACUAUGUUUUGUUUCAUGAAAGAUAAACACAUAUAAUGUGAUAAAAAAUUAAA